AUGAUUGAGGGAAUGGUGAAGGAUGGUGUUAUUGAACCUUUAUCUAGUCCAUGGUGUUUACCUGUGGUGCUGGUAAAGACGAAGGACGGCAGCAUGCGGUUUUGUGUGGACUACCGCCGCCUGAACGACGUUACAAAGAAGGACAACUUACAAGAAUUGAUGGACAUGCUUACAGGCGUAAAGUGGUUUAGUACGCUGGAUCUGAAAAGUGGCUACUGGCAGGUUGAAAUUGACCCUAAGGGCAAGGAGAAAACUGCAUUCUCCACAGGAAAGGGCCUGUGGCAAUUUAAAGUCAUGCUGUUUGGAUUGUGCAAUGCUCCAGCAACGUUUGAAAGGUUGAUGGAGCUUGUACUUACCGGGCUUAUUUGA